AAAACUAACAAAUAUUUUAUAAAUAAAGAAAAUAUAAAUAAAAGUUAAAAUAAAAUAUGACUACGACUGAGUUGUGGUUUGGCGAUUCUUCAGAGGAGGAUGAAAGCUUACUGGAAUUGGCUAGAAAUAGAAAGAAGCUAAGGGACGCUUCCAACCCUUUGGAAUUGGAUUCCGCUACAUUUAUAAAAAACUUCCGUUUGUCGAAAGAGGCGUUUGUUGAUUUGCUGUCCGCUACAGAGGAGAUGCUGCAGCGAUGCACACGAGCGAAAUCUAUUCCCAAUAUACUAAAAUUGGCAACAGCUUUACGAUUUUGUGCUCAGGGAUCGUAUCAACUUAGUAUAGGGAAUGAAAACAUGCUUGGACUUGCACAGCCCACGGUGUCUGUGGUACUAUCUGAGGUACUCGAUGCCCUGGAGAAUUUCAUUUGCCAAAGAUGGAUAAAAUUCAAUUAUACCGAGGCUGAAAUGCAACAAGCAAAAUCACAUUUUUAUAGUAAUACCAGAUUUCCUGGGGUAAUCGGUUGUGUUGAUGGUACACACAUCAAAAUUGUGGCUCCCAAAAAGGAGUUGCAGCAUUUAUAUUACAACAGAAAAGGAUUCUUUAGCAUUAAUGCUAUGAUUGUUUGUGAUCAUACAAUGAACAUACGGUAUAUAAAUGCAAAGAAUCCGGGGGCAACGCAUGAUUCAAUGAUUUUCAACAUGUCAGCAUUGAAAGCAUAUUUAGAACAGCAAGUUGAAAAUGGUCUUCGCAAUACUUGGCUACUUGGAGACGCUGGAUACGCUCUAAAAACUUAUUUGAUGACACCUUUUAGAAAUUCUGAAGAAGGAUCUCCAGAAAGCAGAUACAAUACACAACAUUCGAGAGCAAGAAAUAUAGUAGAGCGCACUAUUGGAGUGUUGAAAAAUAGAUUCAGAUGUUUGUUACAAGCAAGAGCUCUCCACUAUUCUCCAAAAAAGGCGACACGAUUUAUUAAUGUUUGUGCAGCUUUACACAACAUUUGCAUAUUUUAUAAAGUCGAAAUUUCUCCUGAAGAAUUCCCUAAUGAGGCAAACGACAGUCAUGGUGGAGUCAUUGAAGUUGAAUCUGACUCGGAAGCAGCAGCAAUUAGAAAUCGUAGAUUAAGAACGUCUUAGAUAUAAUUAAAAAAUGCAUAAAAUUAACAAAAAUAGUAUAAAUUAAUUAUUUGUUACCAUAAAGCAAUAAAUAAAAAAAAAUCUACAUUUUCACAAAUUUCCAUUCACUACGCUACGCUGUCGAUAGGUAAAUUCUGUU